CCAUUCCUUACUUCUCAGUUCAGACAUAAUUGAGCUUCUCUCUCUCUCUCUCUCUCUCUCAACUCUCUUUGCUUCUUUUACAUUUUAAUACUUCCACUUCUCCGAUACCAUUCUCCGAUUGCCGAAUCUACAACCUGAGCUUACAAGAAUGGAAUAUACCACCUAAUCCUGCUACCCUUCUUCUCUUUUGGACCAACACAGAUAUAUGUGAUCAUGUAGAAACCAAAAGGGCGCAUAUAUAGAGAUUUGCACCGGAUAGAAGGAACAAGAUGAGUGUCUAUUUGACUGUGAUGACGUUCAAUCUUCAUGAAGAUCCGACAGCAGAUAGUUCUAAUUCAUGGGAAAAGAGAAGAGAUUUGUGUAUAAGCGUCGUUACUAGUUAUUCUCCGAUGAUUCUCUGUACUCAACAAGGAGCUAAAUCACAAUUGGAUUAUCUUCAACAAUGCUUGCCAGGUUAUGACCAAUUUGGGAUAUCAAGAAAAGGACCUGAAGACACUUCAGACGAACAUUGCACCAUCUUCUAUGACAAGGAGAAGGUGGAGGUUAUUGAAGGUGGAACAUUUUGGUUGUCAGAGUCACCUUCUGUCCCUGGAAGCAUGUCGUGGGGUGCUCUAGUUCCAUGUAUUGCUACAUGGGUGACAUUUCAACUGAAAGGAGUUGAGCCCCCUGGCUUUUCAUUCCAGAUAGUAAAUACAAACAUGGAUGAGUUCAGUCCUCGUGCACGGAGGCGAAGUGCUUUGCUUACAUGGCAGCACAUUGCAUCCUUACCACCUAACUUGCCAGUUGUUUAUUGUGGAGGGUUCAACACACAAAAGGAAUCAACUACUGGUCGUUUUCUUCUUGGGAGAUCAAGAGAGCAUGGUGUGGUCGGUGAUAUGAGGGAUACAUGGCCUAAUGCCCGUGUGAGGAAAAAUGCUUCUCUAAUUCGCACUUUUCAUGGAUUUAAAGGUAACAAACAAGGAGCUCUUGAAUUCUUCAAGUUGGUUUUCAGAGCCCUGUGCCUUUGCUGGGAUCGCCAAACACAGGAUCUACACAUAGAUUGGAUUCUUUUCAGAGGUAGAUCUCUUGUUCCUGUUUCGUGUGAAGUGGUGAGUGAUAACAUUGAUGGACAAUAUCCAUCCUCCCACUAUCCAAUAUUUGCUGAGUUUCUGCUUCCUCGUGCUGUGAGAAUUGUUGACCCACCUGCUCAAGAGGAAAAUUGAUAUGCAUCUGUGCAUCUGUUUUUGACCACCACCUCCUUAAUUUUCUCCUCAGAGCAUUGAAGAUUCUUUUUCAUAGUUAUGGGAUUUAGAUUCAUCUUAUCCACUAUUUGUUUACCUCCUAGUUGCUGUACAGAGAUCUUCAACGCAUCUCUCAGGUGCAUCAAAAGAGGUUGUGGAUCUCCUUUUGAGUGUUUGGUUUAUGUAAUGUGACUUUAUCCUCGUAUUUUAAUCAUUGGGGAUUGAUUUUUUUCUUUUCCUGCAAUUUGGAAACUCAACCUU